GGGAAAAUAUAUAGUUGUUCUGUUCAUUCUGCUUCCUUUUGGUUCUCCUCUUCUUAAAAUAAAAUAAAAACUAAAAAAGCUACUGCUUAUUUCCCUGGGUCAACUUUCAAACAUUUCAGCUUGGAGCGCUUUUUGUGCCGUGACAGACUUGGACACUGAAACUUACACACUGCAAGUGAAGGCAACACAGACCCCCUCAUCUCUUACCUCGCAAUGGGUCAGUUUAAAAGAAAGAGAAACUGAAAGCAGCGCAGCAUCAUGUUGCAUCACCGGCGGGCUGAUUCCAAACCUCGUUCGCCUACAGCCGUCAGACACGCGGGCUGAGCACAUUUACAGAAGCAACAAGUCAUCAAGCACCACACAUUCGUUUGCACGGAAAUCUAGUACUGCCUGUUUCACGGCCCGUACUUUACCUUUGAACACGAGUCAUUCAAGGUGUACCCCGAGGUGCAGAGGCGCGCCGGGUGCGCGUCGACGUCACAGUUUAAAUGGCAGCGAUUUCACCUGCGGACGCGCAGCACGGAUGAUCCGGGCUGCCGGUGGACACAGACAACCAACCGGCCAGCCGGUGUGCUGGGGGGGGGACAGAUGUCUACGUUAUUCAUGGACACUGGGCAUGAGUCCAACAGCUCUGGCUCGUGGUCUGCUAAUUGGAGCAACACCGCUGGAUCGGAGAGAGAAGGAGAGGGACAACAGACGGGAAACAGAGGAAGGAAAAGACAAGAGAAGAACAGAAACGCCGCGAGAAAGAGCCGGAGGAAACAAACCGAGAGAGCAGACGAGCUUCAUGAGGAGCUCCAGUGUCUGGAGCGUUCAAAUUCAGCCCUUAAGAAGGAGAUUGCCGCAUUGAAAAAAGACUUUCACCUUUAUACGACGACUCUGGAGCGCCACAAGCCUUUUUGCCGCCGCAAAGAGUCCACUUCCAGCUCCAGCUCUACAACCUGCCUCUCGGUUUCCCCCAGGGCCAACGGUCAGGCCGGCCCCAACCCUCCUGCUAUCCCUCCCCAGGCCUCAGGCUCCACUUUUGCUGCUGCCCCUACACACUCUACCUCCUCAACCCAUAGCCUUGGCCUUCAAACCUGUGGCACACAUCGCUCAUCUUCAGCGGCUACUCCUCCAACAACCACGACAUUAGCCUCACCCAGGGGCUCGUCUCAUGAACUCUGCACUACCUCUAGCUCUGCAACGCCUCCUUACUCUGCAUCCUUCUCUGCGGUCCCGGCUCCUAACUCUUUGUUUAGCCAAGAUCCUCCUUCUCUCAUCACGUCAAGGCAGACAAACAUUCCGACUGUCUGCACCAGUGUUGUUUCAGACCCUGUACCCUCCACUUCUCUCACUGCUGCUGCUCAGCCUCAAUCCGGACAAAGGAUCAUCAAUGAAAGCUCCGCAAUGUCAUCAAAUGCCGGUUUCUCUCUACGUCAUUCGGGUGCACUGGACGCCUUUUUGAUGACACAGGACACUUUUUUAAUUGAUUCAUCUACUGUAGUGCCAUCUUAUUCCCAUUUAGGGGCAGAAAACACAGGUCUGGUAGCGCAAGGUUGUUCCAUGGAUGUGCCCCAGCUUCAUCCAUGUCAGUUCAGCAGAAUACCUGUGGAUUCAAGUUCACCCACUAUUCAAGAUCCUGCUCUUCAGUCCCUCUCAGCGCCGCCUCCUGACUCUGCUUUUGCUUCAAAGCCAAGUUAUAGCCAACAGGUCUCACUCAAUCCUGCGCCUCUGCUUUCCCUGCUCACUGUCCCGAGUCCCCUUUAUGUGCCUCAGACUACCUCCGGCAUCUUUGAUGGACCUCUCUCUCAACCUCCGUCCUUGCUGCCACAACUAGGGGAUAUCUCAAGAGAUCUCUCCCUGUCUGAGCUCCUGGAGGUCAAUGAUUGGAUACUAAAUGCAACUGUUCACCAGUAGCACUACAUUGCAAACAAAGACCAGCUUUCUUUUGCCAGAAUGUUCCUUUUCAAUAUAUAUGUAUUUUUAGUAGUUUAAUCAAACUCUGUUGAGCAGCUACAGCAAGAAGACAGACAGAUGUGUACAUCUAACAUCUGUAUGGAAAAAAGAAUAAGAAAAACGGCCAAAACGACUGUCGAAAUGGUCAAACCCAAUGCAGCACAUGCAGAGCUAUCUCAGCUUUUAGUCCCUAGGUUAGAUCCUACAUUUCCCACAAUGCAACCUAUAGCAUAUUUUUGGUCAGAUGCUGGUAAAUGUCUUUCAAGUUCUUUUCUUAAAAUUGUUAAAGCUCCUCAAAGCGAGCGUUCCUCAUUAAUAACGGCAAAGAGCGCUGACCGUUACCAAACACCCAGCUAAAGUUUCAAGAUUUGGAGUCAGAUUUUUUUAUUUUUUUUACUUCUUUCCUACCGCUGUUAAAAUCUCCGACUUUGCUGGAGACCUGUGCAUACCCACCACAGCACCACUCACCAAAACUCUGAACAGUAAAUGAGCUUCUUGCGAGUCCAUAGCUUACAAGCCCCUGUAAAUCAAAUGUAAACAAACCAAACUAUGCAAUGAAAUCCAGCAGUUUUUCAUCUUGAAUAAAUCCGAUAGGUCCCUGUAAUCCCUUCUCGAAUCCAGAGAUUAGAUGCCAAAAUAUAAAAUGACUCAACAUUAAUAGUUGACUUGUAAUUUCAGAGAAGGGUGGGGUACUCACUUACUUUGAAAAAUGCCAUCUGUGGUUGGAGUCGCAGUGUGAAGCGCCAGAGUUAACCACACAGCCAUGACCCAGCUGCUUGUUAUGGCCAUUAUGAUUUAAUGCCACGAAACUUUCUUCUUCUUUUUAAAAUACAUAAUCAAAACGCACAGACACUCCUCACACAGGCCUGUGUAUUUUACCGCUAAUUUAAAAGACACUCAUUCCACUGAUUUUGUUAAUUUUUUUUGUUUUUUCUUAAAGUUACAAUUAUUUAUUUUUCAACAUUUCAGAUGAUGUAUUAGAUUGAUGUCCUUUUUUCUUCACUUCAUAUAAUAGUCUACACUAUUUCUACUUAAUGUAAUUAUGCUACUAUAUGAGCAUUAGUAAUUUAUGUAUUUUACCAGGCUUGGCUUGCAAUGGUGGAUCUCUCCAACUGUGGGGCCCCUCACCCUCAGUGCCCACUGAAUGUGUGUCUGUUGGUUUGUGGUAAUUUGAUAAAAAGCUAAUAAUGGUCAAAAACCUUUUUGUAAUUGGUGCUACAUGACCAGAAAAAACAAACAAAGAUUUGAUAUUCCCUUUCGCUCUAAAGAAAGCCUGCAACUACCAGCAUGCACUGGUGGGUGACAUAAUUCGAACUCAUCCAGCGUGUCAGUAUUGACACAGAAUAGGGGCCGGCUGGUACGCACAAUCUUGUAUAACAGUUAAACUGUUGGCUGAAAUAUGUUUCUGAAAAAAUUUAAGGCAAGAAAUAGGCAAUAAAGUAAGGAAACAUUGGUUUAUAAUCAAUCUGUGCUGCCUAGUUUUACAAUUGGCAGUUUAUUUUGAGUUUGGCAGCUGCAUCUCGAGAUCUGCUUCUAUACUCUUAGUGUCCGUAUGCAGGAGUUCAGUCUAAAGCCACAGACCCUCUGGCCAGGAGCCAGUAAGAAGGGAGAUCUGGCCACUGGUCAGAUGGAGGGAGGUGUACCAUAGUUAAUUUACACCCAUCCUACCAACAAUAUAUUGAUACAAAGGUAGUUGAAUAUUGGUAAAGUAUCUCUUUAACUAAAUAACCCCAGAGGGUUGAUAGGAGCUCUCAGCUGAUUUUUGCCCUGCGCCCCCUAGUGGUUAAAUCCAGCCAUGAUUACAUGGACAGUCAACUCAAUCUGUAAUGGCCCACCACUGUGGGUCUAAACCUAUGAUGAUAAUAUUUGUUGUGUGAUUAAUAAUUCCCUUAUUGUGUGUAUUUCAAGUGACUCAAAUGAGAGAAAUUCUUCUAUUUGACUUCCUCCCCCUGUAACGGUCAGUAAGAGAACCAUGGGGCUGCUCCAGUCUGCUGUAUAGGAACAGCUGCCGGUAAGAAAUUAGGAGUAGAUUGUAUUAUUUUUUGAAGUUAGGUGAAACAAAGCUAAGCUUGAGCACAUUGAUUGUAUUGAAAUGACGAUUUUAGUUUUUUAAAUGAUGAUUUAUCUCGAUUACUCUGCUUUUAUAUAAACUUUUACUAAUACUUGAUUGAUUCCCCAAAGGAUCAAUAAAGUAUUUCUGAUUGUGAUAUAUCUGCAGGUAUAGGAUAUAUAGUGUGUGUGUGCUCCGCACAGAUGUUUUUGAUUAAGCCUUGUGAGGUGUAUGACUUGUGAUUAUUUUGUAUUUAUCAUGCAUUAGAAUAAUAUAUUUAUGCUGCAAUAGUGGUUGCAAUAGAAAAGUUAAUUACAAAUAAAAACAUUUUAAUA